AUGGUAGAGACUAAGAUGUACUCAAAAAUAGCUCAUGUUAUCAGAUCAAUUGGAGUUAAGCCUCCUCUGUUUAAGGCAAACAAUAUUAGCUCAUUGAAAAGUAGAUAUCAUUCGGCUAAGAAAACCUUUGACCAAAUUAGUAACAAACCUGAUAAAGCCAUUCAAGGUUUCCGUGUUGAAGCCACAAUACGCGCAACUAAUUUAAUAUGGGCUUUAGAAAUAGCCUUGAUUUACAAGCUUCUUGACAGUGGGACUUAUGAUCAACGCUUCGAAUUAAUUGAACUGCCGAGAUCUGUAUACAUUGCAAAUGCACAAAAACUGAUAAACAAAGUACAAGAUUAUAACCUGCUAAGAGGAUCUAAUAAUACUAAAGUAUCGAAUGAAAGGAGCAAAGUGGAAGCAGAUGUUUGGCAGUCUGUUGGCUGGAACAGCUCUAGAAGAAAACUUACCAGACACAACGACGUUAACGCGUGGUGGAAUGACCAGAUCACAAGUCACGUGUUCGAGAAGAAUAUCAGAUUCGUUAGUCAUGUUUUCUUUAGUGACACUUAUAAUUGCAGAACUUUUUUCAGGCUUGUGAAAAGCAAACUCAAAUGUCCAAAAUGCGGUGCAUUAGACAGCUAUCAUAGUAUCGGACGAGCAGACUCUUUUUCAAUUAGGUGUGGGAAACGAGAAUGUUUAAACCAAAUGGGAAAGAAAAAAUGUACUGCUUUGUGGGAUGAACUUCUAAAGGGAGAAGAUAGUGAAUAUUUUCAAGAUGCCAUAGAUACCACUAAAGAGGCUAACUGCUCACCACGACUUACACCAUCUAUCCAAAACAAUUCAACAGAUUCAAAUAAUAGUCCAUGUUUAUCUGAAUCUCCUGAAUCUCCUUGGGAGACGUUUAUUCCUCAAAGAUAUUUUCACGAGUCAUCAGUUUCAAGUAUUUGUCCAUCUUUAUACGACACACCUGAACCUCGGAAGAGAUUUAUUGCAGAAAUAUCUUCUGGCAGCUCUUCACAUUCAACUAGUCCGUUUUAUGAUAGUUCGUCAGCUUCAGAUGGUUCAUCACAUUCAACUUAUUCAUCUCUGUACGACUCACCUGAACCACCUCAGAAGAAAGUUAUUGUGGAACUAUCUUCUGACAAUUCAUCAGGUUUGGCUAGUCCACCUUUAUUCCAACCACCUGUACCCCAUCGAAAAGGCUCUGUUAUUGUGAUCUCUUCUGAAAGUUCAGAAGGUAUUCCUGAACCUCAUCCUUUAUGCAUGUUUCAGGAUGAUGGAUUUUCUCGAUGGCCUGUUCCUGAGGAUAAUGGUUUGUACAGUGCGGAAUCUCGUCAGUGCGUCGAGUCUGAAGUUAGGGCAGCAACACCAACCAGCCUUCCAGUUCAAGCUACAUCUACAGAGCAGAUACACCAUGAAAUGGCGGACAGGCCUAAAUAUACAUUGCAUACGCUAUGGAAAAACAUACUGGACAGCAAUUUUCCAGAAUCCGUGAAUAUUUAUCAAAUAACUGAUCAUUACAUUAGAACUGAAGGCUAUAUUGUUGGUGAUGGGAAUUGCAUGUUUAGAGCUAUAUCAUUUGCUCUUUAUGGCGAUCAGAGAAAGCAUGGUGAUGUUAGAAAGCUGGUUGUGAACUACAUGGCAGAAAACAUCGACGAGAGAGUAGGUCAAGAGAAAGUAAAGCUACUGUGCGACUUGAAUUGGAGGGAUUACCUUGAAGAAAUGCAGAAAGAAGGAACUUGGGGAGAUGAAUAUGUUCUUAUAAAUGCAGCUUUGGCUUGCCGUACGAACAUCGCAGUUCUCUCGACGGGUGGCACUCGAAAAUACAUCAAGACCUUCACGUUUAGCGGUGAACAGGUGAUAGCUAUCUGUCACGAUGGUAGCCAUUAUGAAGUUCUGAAAGGUAUCAGAUAGCAUAAGUCAUAGAAGUUUGCCUAUUAGAUCUUUUUUAAUUUUAAUUUAAUAAUGAAUUUAAGACAAAAAACAAGAGAAGGUAUUCCAGGUGUAGUGUCGAUAUUCUCGGCGUCAUUUAUGGAAUUUUGACUGCUGACGUCAUCAAUGUACAUAUCUGGUACUCAGCAACGACCCGGGAAAAAGUGUUAUUGGAAGGCUUAAUCUAUUCCUCAGCUCUCAUGCAUUCUAUAGGUUCUUUUGUCGUACUUGAUACCCCAUAGUAAUUCAGAAAUUGCGUCAAGUAGAUAAUAGAUCAAACUCGCCGCUCUCCCAUGCAAGAGAGCCAUAAAUACUCACACUACACCAAUGCACAGCGAAGACCACAACCGUGCCGUCCAGCGACCUAUUGGGACCAAGUUGACCUACUUCUGGUGAAGAUUUUCACUCGAUGUUGCAUGACGUCAUAGGCCUUCAUCUCAGCAACUACGGCAGCUACGCCCGCCAGACUAGGCUAUUUCGGUUUCUACGCCACAGAUUAUUGCAGGGACGCCCUCGUCUCAGAUCACAAAAAUACUCAAAAUCCCGAGUUCCAACGAAUGUAAAGACAAAGAUAUAAAAGAGAGAAAUAUAGCUUUUUGUAUUAUUGUAUAGACUGCUGAGUUCUAUAUUACAACUCAUCAUGUACUUGGUAAUUGUAUGUCCAAUGUCCUCCUCCAGCAUAAUCGUUAUUAUAAUAUGGAUCACAUUGGGAAGCACCAAUACCUCCAGCAGUAUCUGCGUUGGCUACUUGCAAUUUUCCCCAUAAACCGAAUUCCCCGUUAAAGUUUAUACAUAUGUUAUCAGCAUCUAGCUCAUACAGUCUACCCAACAAAUCAUUAGCCAUUUGUUCAACUACCCAGUUUGGGAUAUUAGGAUAGUGCCUCGUGUUUUCACCAAAAUACUGUCUGUUUACAGCGUAAGAAAACACCCAACGAUCAUUAUUAGACUGCUGUCUCUUGCUCCCACUACCAUUCAAGUGGGUCGUAGAUUGCACCUGAUAACUAUUUAGUUCAGGGAUAAAUCUAUGCAUUACCGGCGGGGUAAGAUGCUCCAUCA